CAAGCUAGUAGAACUGUUCUAUUGCCAUUUGAACUUAAGACCGACAACCAUAAGAAGCAAAGGCGUCUAGACAGAGACAGAAAAGAAGAGGACGGUCAUUCUGUGCCAUGUUGGCUGAAGGUUUUCUCAGAGUGCUGCAUUACAGGGAGGAGAGAAAGGUUUCCUCCAAGCUAAAGAGAUCACAGACUCCCUGUACGGAUCAGUUUAGCAGCUGUAUUCUCUCUGAGUCAAACUCUACAGACCUACAAACAUAUUCAGCUGAAGCAGGUCCAAACCAGGAAGAAGUCAACCAAUUCCAGGGCCUGAAAGUGGCGCCUCACGGUCCUGCAGGCCUCUCAAUCCCUAGGUGUCCACCUGUCCUCACCCUGGACCCAGACUUUACAGUUUGCUUGGACGAUUGCAACAGCCUCCUGGAACAGUAUCCAGACCUGCAGGUGGCCGACUCAGGCCGCAUCUCACAUAAUUUACUGAGACCCACCGUGCCCCAGCGCUGUCUUUACACUCCUGCCCCUGAAACCUGCCGUCGUACAGAAUGGGCAGCCAAACAGGGGCCACAAGGCGAGUCCGUCUCAUCCAUACCAGACCAGGGUUAUCUGGUCAUGGGGGCCAGUGUGAACAACAGCAUGGAUCUGCCCGGCUCAGGGUUGGAGCCGAUGUCUAACUCGUUGCUGAAUGGGCUGCUGGAGAAACAGCUGGAGGAGGUGUACAUGCAGCAUCUGACUGACAACUUGGCUCGAUGUAACUCCCACCUGGGGAACAGCCUCCUGCACGGCCUGGUGCCUCUGCCGCAGCCCGGCAGCCAGCCUCGGGGGCCAGACUCGCUGGAGGCAAGUCUGGAACAGGGAUCAGGAGAGGACAGCGGCAAGAAGAUUAGUUAUCUGAACACUCAUAACUUAAAUCCUUGCUCGUCCAACUUCAGUUCCCCGGUGCUGAGGAUUUCAGAGGCUGACAAUACUUAUCUGCAAUGAAUGAAAUCAUGCACACAUCCUGCAAAAGUAUUAAAUGUGACGCUCGGCUAUGCUUUUCUCGGUUCCUUUACCUCCAUGUUUGCACACACCCUCAUGCAACUGACACAUGAAAACAAGUGCAAAUCAGUAAAUCAAUGCACUCUUUUAUUUUUGUUUACCUUUAUUUACACAAUGUCUUUGUUUACUUGCUUGAUGGAAUGCUGCCUCAAAUGUACCUGCUUUCAUGCGCCAUCUGCUGUUAGGUUUUAGAACUACACCAUCCAGUAUUUCCCUCAUAAACAUGAAUUUAUUUUAUUGAUAUAUACCGUAUAUAUAUAUAUAUAAAUGGAUGUGUGUUUUUAUUAUUUUGAAGCAAAGUAUAAUCCCAUGUUAGAUUUUAGAUUAAGAUUAAGAUUAAUGCUACACAUUGAAGUUGCCUUGUAAAUAGAGAUGUAGUGAAAGUUAAUCCAUCUUGUGUUAGUGAAGUAAAAUAAGAUUCCAAUCAACUAAUAACGAAUCCUCUUUUUCUUUUUGAAGAGCAUUUGGAUUUAAUUGUGCUUUUUUAUUUGAUGGUAGUAAUAUAUUCCGUUUUAUAUUCCGUCUUUAGCAAGACUUCAAAUUCAAUAUUUUGCUCCCAUGUCUUGUUUUGUGAGCGAUGUGUCGUCUCUCAAUGUUUAGAUAUACAUGACACACAUUAAAUGGUGAAGUAAAGUGA